AUGACAGUCUCUCAAGACUCAGAUGGUAAUGGUUAUACUAUAACUGGUACAGAUACCUCAAUUUUAGUCACUGAUACUGGAAUCACAGAUAGCAAUGGUAAUCCUAUUGAUCUGUCCCCAGAUGGUACCACAACCAUUGGUGAUCUGACAAUUACUCAAGGGGAUAAUAAUACUCUGGUUAUUACAGAUGAGUCUGGAGAGGAAAUAACUGUUAUAGUACCUCAAACUCCCCCUGCAGUCAUUACUGAUGACAAGGGCAAUGAAAUCGACCUUGAUGCUGGGGAGACAGAAACUGUUGGCAAUGUUACAAUUACCCGUGAGGAUGAAAAUACCUACACAAUUGUUGAUAAUACAACAGGCAGUGUGGUAAAAGUGACUGUUAUUCCACCAACAUCUGGAACUGGAUCUGGAACAGAAUCAGGUACUGGAUCAGGAUCAGAUUCAGGAACUGGAUCUGGAACAGGAACUGGAUCUGAUACAGGAACUGGAUCUGGAACUGAUACAGGAACUGGAUCUGAUACUGGAACUGGAUCUGGAACUGGAACAGGAUCUGGUGGAUCAAGUCUCCAGAUUGAAGUCACUGUACCUAAUGAUCAGUGUAAUUCUAGUACAAGUACUCUAACAGGCUCUUGUGAUGGAGAUUUGGACAAUGAGUUCCAAGAUACCAAUGGCAACAACAUUCCAAUUGAUCAAGUCACUGAAGAUAAUGUGAUCGAAUCAGCAACAGUCAAUAAGAUCUCUGAUUAUUAUGACCCAGAUGCAGAUGCAUUUGCUGGCAACUCCACACAUGCUGUUACAAGUACAAUUGGAGAUUGUGAAUUCACAAACUAUGAUGGUUCAAAAUAUAAUCUGAGUUCACCAGGGGAAUACAACAUAGUUGACACUGAUACAACGGAUGUAGGAAUUAAGGUUGUACCUUGUGGUGAUUCUACAUGUGUCAACCAAAUUGCUGUGUCUGCUGGAAGUAGUGCAGACUCUGACAGUGGAAGUGACAUUGUUAUACAUGCUCCUUACUCAGCCAAUGGUGAUAUUGUUGUGUUUGAUUCUAAUGGUAAUCCUAUUGAUGCAACAAGUGAUACUACUACAACAACAGAUACCACUACUGUUAUCAACUCUGAUGCAACACUCACAGUAAGCCAAAAUGAAAAUGGAGACAAUGAAUACCACAUCACUACAUCUGAUGGAACAGACAUUACUGUUACUGGAGAUGACAAUGGCAAUCUACAGAUCACUGUUGUAACAACAAAGACAAACUGUGGAUCAGAAUCUGGUGAUAUUGCAGGCUCAUGUGAUGGAAACCCAUUUAAUGAUGUUGGCUCUCAAGGUGACAUUGACUCAUGUUCAACUUGUACAACUGAUUCUGAUGAUGAAUCCACAUUUAUUUAUUCUUAUGAAACUGUAACUGGAGUUGUAUAUGAUGAGCCAAAGGAGUUCACUGGAACAUGUACAUGUGGUUACUAUGCUGAUAACUGCUGUGUGUCUGUUGUUGAACCCAAAUCAAAUGAUACACAUGCAUCUGCAUCUAUUGUUAAUGGAACAUUCACCACAUAUGAUGGUGUUCAGUAUGACUUAGACUCCAGAGGAGAAUAUACCUUCUAUAAUAGUUCAGAUUCUGAUGUAUUUGUAAGGAUGACUCCAUGUGGUCAAGAAGCCUGUGUGUCACAAGUAUCAGUAUCAGGGAAUAACUCUGGCAUUGUCAUUCAUGCACCGUAUACAAAUGGUUCUGAUGCUGUUGUAUUUGGAGAUGAUGGCAAACCACUUGACUUCACACCAGAGAAUACAGCAAGUGUCAAUCUUACUGACAGUGAUGGAAAUUCAGUUGAUGUGUCAACUGAACAAAAUGCAACUAUAUUUGAAGAUGUGACACUGUCUCAACCAGAUAAUGGCACACUUGUAAUACAAGACGAAUCAUCUGGUAAAGGAGUCACAAUAUCAGGAGGAUCUCCUACUGAAGAUGGUGGCUCUGGAACUGUUGUGACAGACGAAAAUGGUGAUGUGGUUGAUAUUCCACCUGGAUCUAAUGUAACAGUCGGAGAUGUCACUGUUUCACAUGAAGAAGAUAAUACCUUUGUGAUUUCUAAUAAUGCUGACAACACAAGUGUUACUGUGACAGUUACUCCACCUGAAGUAGUUACAGAAAAUGUCCUUUCUGAUGCUGAUGGAAAUACUGUUGAUCUUCAAGAAGAAGAUAUUGCAUCAGUCGGUGAUAUGGACAUUAGUACAUCUAAUGAUGGUAAUACCUAUACUAUCACAAGUGGAGAUGGCAGUUCUGUAACUAUUGGAGGAACAGGUCUCAUUGAUUCAAAUGGUGAUAGAAUUGACCUGACAUCAGGAAAUAGUGUUACAGUUGGUGAUGUUACCAUUUCAAAGAUUGACGAUGACACAUAUGAAGUCACAGAUGGAUCAUCAGGAGAACAGGUUACUGUUACUGUUACAUCACCUUCCACAACUGGUGUUACAGAUGAAGAUGGCAAUCCACUUGAUGUCACAUCUGAGGAAGGUGCAACAGUUGGUGACCUUACUGUUACCCAAGAUGAUGAUGACACAUUUACACUCACUGACUCAAGUGGAGACACCAUUACAAUUAAUGCAACAGGUGUUACAGAUGGAGAUGGCAACCAUGUUGAUUUACCAACAGGAAAUAGCACUUCCAUUGGUGAUGUCACCAUAAGUCAUGUCCAUGAUGAUACAAUUGUGGUAACUGACUCAUCUGGCAAUGAGGUUGUUGUCACAGUUGUGCCUGAUGCAGGUGUCACUGAUCAAUAUGGCAAUGAAAUUGAAGUGGAAUCUCAAGAAAGUGGAACAGUUGGUGACAUGGAAGUUACACAAACUAACAAUGGCAGCUCUGUUGAAGUAAAUGGUGGAUCAUCAAACAGUACUGUUGUUAUAACAGGAACUGGUGUCACUAAUGGUGAUGGCGACAUCAUUGAUAUCACAACAGGGGCUGAUACUACUGUUGGAGAUGUUACUAUUACCAAGAUUGAUGAAGAUACAUUCGUGGUUACAGAUGAAUCAGGAACUAAUGUAACAGUUACUGUUGUUGUACCUACAGAGAAUGGUGUUUUGGAUGAAAAUGACAACCCAGUUGAUGUUUCUCCAGGAGAAUCUACAUCAGUUGGUGACCUGACAGUCUCUCAAGACACUGAGAAUAGUUUCACUGUUACAGAUGAAUCUGGUUCCAGUGUAACAAUUGAUGAAAGUGGGGUUACUGAUGGAAAUGGAAAUACCAUUGAUGUUUCUACUGGAGGAAAUGCUGAAAGUGGUGACUUAACAAUUCACCGAGUCCAUGAUGACACCUAUGUUGUAACUGAUGGAUCAUCUGGUAGUGAAGUAGCUGUUACAGUUAUAACUGGAACAACUACAGAAGUAACGGAUGCUAAUGGCAAUCCUGUAGAGUUUGAAUCCCAAGAAACUGGCUCAGUUGGUAAUAUAGCCAUAACUACAUCCAAUGGAACAUCAAGCAAUGGAAGCACUACUUACACAGUAACUGGUGGUUCAUCUGGUGACUCUGUAACAGUGACUCCAACUGGUGUGACUGAUGGUGAAGGAAAUUUGGUUGGUGGCCUAUCCCCAGGAUCAAAUGCAACAAUUGGAAAUAUUACCGUCACACAAGUUGAUGAAGAUACUUAUGAGAUUGUUGAUGAAACUACUGGAGACAAGGUUACUGUUACAGUUGAAAUACCAACAACCACUGGCACAACAGAUGGAGAUGGUAAUCCCAUUGAUUUAACACCUGGCACAAAUACAACAGUCGGAGAUUUGACCAUAAACCAAGAUAACGAUAACUCAUUUACAGUUACAGAUGACUCUGGUACCUCAAUAACUGUUGGUCCCAAUGGUGUGACUGAUGAUGAAGGUAAUGCUGUUGAUCUCUCACCUGGAGCUAAUACAACAAUUGGAAAUGUAACAGUCACAAAGGUGCACGAUGAUACAUACAUAGUUGAAACUACAUCUGGUGAUGAAGUUGCUGUACUGUUAUAUCCAGAAGAAGGAUUGACUGAUGAAAAUGGAAAUCCAAUUGAAGAAGUACAAUAG